AUGGAAAACUAAUCUGAUGUUUAAGAUUCCAAUUAAUCAUAAUCAAAUCAUAAGCAAGAAUAUUCAAAUAGAUCAAUAUUAUAUCCUGAAAGUUAACACUCAUAAAAAUAAAGCAAUUAAACUGUGUAAUCAUAAGCUUUAAAUAAUUCAUAACUUAAAAGGAAAAGUUCCUCUUAAAAUAAAAAUGAAUUUUUAAUUUAAAACAAUGAUUAGGAAGAUCAUAAUGAUUUUAAUGAUUUGAGCAAAAGCCAGAAUCAUGAAGAUUCUUUUAAUGAAAUAGAGAAUUAAGUUGAUUAAUCAAAUUUAUAAGAGUAAGGAAUAGAGGCAGAAUAAACUUUUCUUUAAGAUUAAUCUAAAAUGUUGGAAAAUGCUGAAGUUUAAGAAUUUUAAGAUCUACCUGAUAAAAAUUAAACAAAAAGAUCUGAUAAUCAGACAUAAAUUGCUAAGGAAGAAAAUUAAUCAAAUAUUAUCCUAAAAUAAGUUCCAACUGAAAUAACAGAUAUUAAGUAAAAUGAAGAUGAUGGUUAAAAUAAUGAUAAAAUGUUAAGAACUUAGGAAGUUAUGGAAAAAUUCAAAUAAGUUUUAAAAUCUCCCAAAACAAGGUCACCAUAACUUUCAUCUGAUGAUCCUUAUUAAUUAAAUAAACAAAUUAUUAAGCCUUUAUAAUUAUCUCAAUAAGAAAAUGAAAAAAGUUAUGAGAAAAUUGUAGAUACAAAUUUAAAAGAAAUUUAUAAAUUUUACUCAAAAUAAGCCUAAACUUCAAAUAAAUAAAAUACAUUUGAUUAACUUCAUUAAAUACAAUAAGUAAUGACAUUACAAAAAUUUAUGUAUUUUUGUAAAGAUUUUGAAUUAAUAGAUUUGGAAAUAAAUAAUGAUUUUAUCUAUUAACAUACUGGUUCAGCUGCAACUAAACCUUUCAAUAAAAUAAAAUAUAAACAUAAAGAAAAAGAGAACUUUAUUGUUACAAAAUUAAUAUUAGUAGAAAUAUUUAAAAAAUGUUCAAGCAUAUAAGAAUUAUCAUAUUAAGAUUUUUUAAUUGCUUUAAUAAAGAUAGCUGAUGUAAUAUUCCCUGUAGAUAACUCAUUAAGAGCAUUAUAUGAUUAUUUAGGAGUUCAUGAUCCAAAAAAUUAUCGUAAAAAAAUGGUAGUUGUUGGUAAACCAUUUAACACAAAAGAUUAAAGUGAAAUUUUGACUUAAGAAAAGUUAUGUUCUCGUCGAUUGAUUCUUCCAUCUAAACCAAAACCCAGAGCUGAAAGUUAUAAGUAUGAACCUCCAGUUGUAAAUCCUAAUAAUACUUCUCUUUAAGAGAAACCGAAAAAUUCAGCAAAAAAUUUACAAAAGUAAAAAGAAAAAUCUAAUAAUUUAAUAAAAUGGGAAGAUUUAGGAAAUGUUACAAAAGAAUUUGAUCCUAAAGAAUUAUUACUUGAAUAAGAUUUAUCAGAUAAAGAAGAUGAAUAUUAUUUGUAAGAAUAUUUAAUAACAACUACUGAAAAAAUAAAAAAAGAUGAAUCUUAGAUAAAAGUACAAUAAAAAAAAUAAUAAACUAAUAAUAAACAAUAAGAAUAAUAAAAUUAACAUGAGGAUAAAUAGUUAAAAUAAAAUUAGAAUAAUAUUACAAUAUAAGAUCAUUCAUAAUCUAUGCCUAAUUAACAAAAAUUAUAUAAAUAAUUAGUAAAUUAAUAAUAGACUUAAUAAGUAUAACCUACAACAUAAAUUAAUUAAUCUCCUAUUAUUAAUACCAAUUAAUCAAAUAAUUAAACACCAUUAUUAUUGUCUAAAUAAAAAAAUCUGAUGGGAGGUAGAUAGUCAUAAGAAUCACAAUCUUAUAGUUAAACAUAUAAAGCAUAAUAAAUUAAAGGGAAUAAAUAAACUACAAAAGCUAUUUUAAAUACAUCUGUUGAACAUAGUUCUCCAACAACUAUAAGAAAAGAAAAUGAUGGAUUAAAUGCUAUAAAAAAAAUAGAAGCUGAAAAAAAAUAAAGAGAAUAACAAAUUUUUGUUGCUUUUAUUAAAAAUUAAGAAUAGAGAGAAAAAAAAGUAAAUAAAAAAUGAC